CCAGGAAUGUGGUUUUGUUUUGGCAAAUUCAUGAAAAUUUAUUGCCAUGGAGGAUUUUCUAAAAGAAGCUGUAGACACGACUUUCCUGAAUAACUCCAUGUUCCAGAAUUUCGGGAAGAACUCCCAUAAAGAUGAGGAAUCAAAUGGCAAAUGUGCCCAAAAAUCCGAGCGAUAUCUUCCUGAAGCUGAUGAAAUUGACAAGGAAUUGAUAGUGACGGAAUCUAUGAAGAAGUUCAUGAGCAGAAAACUAUCGGAUCUGGUUGCCAAGAAGACAUGCUUCGUGGACGAAGUUUCUAAUGCUCCAGGAACUUCUGACCUCGAUCUGAGUGGGAUUAGAUUGCUGAAGGAUUCCCAGGAGUUUAUCAAAGAAACAAGUAAUCCACGAGAAGAAGAAAUAUCUAUCAAGAAGCCACAGAGAAAGAAGCGGAAACGCACAGACGAACCUUCUGAAGAGGAGAAAAUCCAGCAAAGUUCUGUGUCUCCGGACUUAAUUCUCAGCCAGAGUGACAUCAAGCACUGGACACCAAAGAGAAGAGGGAAGGUUUAUCACUACCAGAAGAAAAACCAUAAAUUGUACCUGCAAGAGCCAGAAAAUGAGUUCUCAAAUCUCAGGCGGAAGAACAAUUGGGAUGAGAGCAAGAUUUGCAAAUACAGGACCACAUUUUAAUGAUAAACGAUUUCAGUAGAUCUUCGGCGAGAGAACAGCCUGUUCCAGGAGACUUGAGAACGUCUCCUUCACCUCAAUUACGAGUUUCUCUGCGUCUGAAGAUGUGUU